AUGGAGGCUCGGCGUUGCCGGCGCUCCGGCGGCAGCGCGGCGGCAGGGACGACGAGGAGGCGGCUGUGCAGACUGCUCGCCCUCGCCGGCGACUACCUCAAGUAUCUGUUCAUGAAGCGGGGCCGGCUCCUGGGCAGGGUGGCGAGGAGGGCCCUCGCCCAGCUGGUCCUGCAGUCGUCGUCAUCCGGCGGAGGAGGAGGCCAUGUCGGCAAGCGACGCGGCCUCGCCCAGGCGGCGCAGCCGUGGCCGCCUUCUUGCGCGCCGGCGCUGGCGGAGCGCGAGUUCUCGUGCAGCAACAGCCCCAGCCCGGCGUUCCUCGCGGCGAGGAGGCUGCGGUCACGGCUGAGGCGCGGCGCCUGCUCCUCCUGCUUCGGCGCGCUCCGGCCAUCGUGCGGGUCGGCAGCGACGUCGACAGAGGCGGCCGCGGCGGACGAGGAGGACGAGGAGGAGGAAGAGGAAGUUGACGACGGCGGAUGGGCGCGCGGCAUGGAGCUCGACGUGGACUACAGGGCGGAGGAGUUCAUCAACAUGUUCUACGAGCAGCUCAGGGCGCAGAGCUUCCAGGCCGCGCUUUGCCACUGCCGCUCGCCAUGA